CAUCUGAAUAUCCUAAACUGGAGAAGUUGUCUGGUGGAUGGCUACUGUACAAGGCAUCAGGUGGAAGUGGGCAGAGAAAACUGACAGUGAUCCCACCAGAGUCCGAAGGCUACUACACAAAACACCUGAAAAGUGUAUCCAACAAUGGAAGACACAUUAUUUUUAUUGUUCCACUUCAAGGUGAAAUAGACACCAUGCCGCUUCCUUAUGAUUCCCCAGAGUUCAGUAAAAUGCCGAAAUCACAGUGCAAGACAUGUGGCGAGACUUUACCGUUACAAGUUCUUGCUCUACAUGUGCAGACUUGCAGCAAGUCCUCUGAAGAUAGUGACCAAGAACAAGAGGAAAAUAUGAGCCCUGAUGUUCGAUUUGGAGCCUGCGUUCAGAAUAUGUUGUCACCUGACAAGUCUCUGAAAAUGUGUCCUAUAUGCCAAGUGGAGUACCCUUCUGACUGCAUUGAGAUGCAUGCUAGUUUAUGUGGAGAGAGGCCACUAGAGUCUCUGGACAUGACUGACAAAGAAGAGCACUUUAGUAUAUUGGAUAUUGAAGCAGGGGAAGGACCAUCUGGUACAACUUCCCAAAACAUACCUUUUCAGAAUGAGCCAGCUAAUUCAUCUGCAGAACUUUUUGAUAAUGCUGAAAAAGCAGAGGAAUGGAAGACUACACCAGACCCAGCGAGGGCAGCACGCUCGUACAGGGAAACUGUGCUCCACACUCAUGCAUCAGGGAAACCACUGCACUUGCAUGUUGAUCUCAGAAGCAUCAUCUCAGAACAAGAAAUGGCUUUGAUUGCUUUUUAUAAAGCAGGCAGCAUAGACUGGGCGAGGCCUCUUCAAUGUAGACUUGAAGGUGAUCCUGCCAUUGGUGAAGGAGUAAAUAGAUUCUUAUUUUCCAUGGUUAUGCAAAAGCUGAAAUGUGGUUUUCAUUUAAACUUCGGUCAUGCGUGUGUUACAAGACUGUUUGAUGGAGAGCCGGACCAUCUUGUACCUUCAUCAUCAGUAUUCUUGGUUGAGUGAUCUAUUUCUGAUGGCUGGCAGAAUGAUUGGCCACUGUUUUUAGCAUGGAGGUCCUGCUUUGUCAGGGCUUAGCCCUGCUGUAAUUCACUUACUUUCUGGAGGCAAAGUGGAAACCGCAGUUGUUGAAAUCUGUGACUGUCCUGACCUUGAUCUUCGUGAAAGAAUUAAGCUGCUGGAAGGAAACUCAGAACUGUCAGCAAGUGAAAAAGACAGUGUUGACUCUUUGUGCUUUUCAUGGGACCUUCCUGCAGUAACAAUAAGCAAUCGAAGAUGGCUCUUCGAGAGGCUAUUACAUCAUGCGGUAAUUGGACGGACUAUGAAGCAAAUUAAGCAAAUUCGAAAAGGACUGAAAGAGACAUUGCUGUGGCCACUAAUGACUCAUCGACCGGAUGUACUUCGUCAUUUUUCCACGCGAGUCAAAUGCUGUGCUGACCCCUGAGAGCAUUCUGAACUGCAUCAGCUGGCCUACAAUGAUCGUAGACGAUGACGAUGACGACUGCUCUGUUGAAGAUAAGAGUCGAGUUACUGGGUACCUCUGCCAGUUCAUUGAAAAUGCAUCCAGUGAUGAACUAAAGGCCCUCCUAAAGUUCUGGGUGGGUUGGGAAGCUCCGACCAGUACCCUCAAAGUUGAAGUAGUCGACUGUCGCCUACCAAAGUCAUCAACUUGUUUUGAGACUCUACGUCUUCCAGCCAACUACAAGGACUUUGCAAAGUUCAAGGAAGAACUGCAAGCAUGCGUCAACACAGCUGACACUGGAUUUGGACUGGUGUGAUUUAAUGGAUGACUUUCAAUGUCAAUUUUACUCAUUUUUAAAAGUUAUUUGACAAAAUGUUCUUACAAAAUGUUCUCUGUUCUGUCUGUCAAGCUAAAUGGAAAAAAAGAAAAGGAAAACACAUUCUGGAAGUGUUUGCUUCAAACAGGAAUAAAGUUUUUAAUUGUUUUAAUUGUUAAA